CUCCGGCUCUGUCACUUUGUCACUUUUUGUUUCUUCUUCACCAGCACGUUUUCGAGUCUUCGUGUGUUACCUUGACCGAAUCCAUCGUCACUGCUGCCACUUUGGGUUCAAGAUGCGGACAGCUAUCUUUUCCAUACUAGCUACGGCUACGUUGACCACGCAGUCUGCGCUCCCAUCCGAUGCCUUGCACUCGAAGCGAGCCCUCCUGGGCUGGGACGAGGCAUACUCCAAGGCCGAGGCAUCACUCGCGAAGCUCUCUUCCAGCGAGAAAAUCGGCAUCGUGACUGGUGUUGGUUGGAUGAAGGGGCCCUGCGUUGGAAACACUACUCCUGCGAGUUCCAUCGGAUACCCGUCUCUGUGUCUGCAAGAUGGCCCCCUCGGAAUCCGCUACGUCAAGGGCGUCACCGCCUUCUCGGCUGGUAUCCACGCCGCUUCUACCUGGGAUCGAGACCUGAUUCACGAGCGUGGUAGCUUCAUGGGCAAUGAGGCCAAGCAGCUUGGUGUGAACGUACAGCUCGGUCCCGCAGCAGGCGCGCUCGGCAAGUUUGCCAAGGGCGGCAGGAACUGGGAAGGUUUUGGUGCGGAUCCGUACCUCCAAGGUAUCGCUAUGGCGGAAACUAUCAAAGGCAUGCAAGAAAGCGGUGUCCAGGCUACGGCCAAACAUUGGACAGUGAACGAGCAGGAGCGCAACCGUGAUACGAUGAGCAGCAAUGUUGGUGACAGGGUUCUCCGCGAACUCUACAACUGGCCAUUCGCCGAUGCCGUCAAGGCCGAUGUUGCCAGCGUUAUGUGCAGCUACAACAAAGUCAACAGCACAUGGGCAUGCGAGUCCGACUUCGUCAUGAACAAGAUGCUCAAGGAGGAGCUUGGAUUCAAGGGCUAUGUCAUGUCUGACUGGAAUGCCCAACACACCACUACUGGCAGUGCAAACGGUGGAAUGGACAUGACCAUGCCUGGAUCUGACUUCAACGAAGGAAGCUACUUCUGGGGUCCUCAACUCCAGAGCGCCGUCAACAACGGCCAAGUUCAGCAAUCCCGCGUCGAUGAUAUGGUCAAACGUAUCCUUGCAUCUUGGUACCUCGUCGGACAGGACAAGGGCUACCCAGCGACAUCAUUUGACAGCUGGAACGUCGGCCAGAAGACAAUCACCGGAAACCACUUCACCAACGUCAGGUCAAUGGCCAGAGACGGCAUUGUCCUGCUGAAGAACGAGGGCGCCUCUUUGCCUUUGAAGGCACCAAAGAGCGUCGCCGUGAUCGGCCUGGACAGCAUCGUCAAUCCAAGGGGCGCCAACGCUUGUGUAGACCGCGGCUGCAACGAGGGAACCCUCAUCAUGGGCUGGGGAUCCGGAAGUGUUGAGAUCUCCAACCUUGUUGCACCUCUUGACGCGAUCAAGGCUCAAGGCCAAAAGGAUGGAACGACCGUUACCAGCUCUCCUAACGACAAUGCUCAACAGGGCGCGUCUGCAGCACAAAACGCCGAAGUCGCAGUCGUCUGCAUCAAUGCCAAUGCAGGCGAGGGCUACAUCACCGUCGAGGGCAACGCGGGUGACCGAAACGACCUCAAUGCAUGGCACAACGGCAAUGCGCUCGUCGAGGCUGUUGCCAAAGUCAACAAGAAGACGGUCGUAGUCGUCCACAGCGUUGGACCCAUCCUCAUGGAAUCUUGGAUCGAGAACCCCAACGUCGUCGCUGUUGUCUGGGCUGGUCUUCCUGGCCAGGAGUCUGGAAACGGUCUUGUAGAUAUUCUUUACGGCGCUGCUUCGCCCUCCGGAAAGCUCCCCUACACCAUCGCAAAGAAGGAGUCUGACUACGGCACCACUAUCGCACCCGGCGACGACUCCAACUGGGACCUAUUCAUUGACUACCGCCGCUUUGACAGGGACAACAUCGAACCACGUUUCGAGUUCGGAUUCGGUCUUUCCUACACAAACUUUACCUACGCCGACCUUGCCAUCUCCGGCGCCCCCACUGCCGGCCCCGCAACAGGUGACAUCGCACCAGGAGGCCACGUCGACCUCUGGGAAACCGUUGCCACCGUUACCGCCGAGAUCACCAACAGCGGCGGUGUUGAAGGUGCGGAAGUCCCUCAGUUGUACAUCGGAUAUCCUGCCGGCUCCGGCACACCACCAAAGCAACUCCGCGGUUUCAACAAGUUCAAACUUGCGGCCGGCGCUAGCAGCACUGCCACGUUUGAGCUCAGGAGGAGAGACUUGAGUAUCUGGAAGGAUGGCGAGUGGGUUGUACCCAGUGGUGAGUUCACGGUCAACGUGGGCGCCAGUUCGAGGGAUAUCAGGUUGGAGGGAAAGAUUACCGUGUAA